UGAUCUGGAUGAGGGGAUUGAGUGCACCCUCGGAGGUCAAAGUGAACUGGGCGACGACCCCCAGCAGCCAGAAGAAAGACACCAGCAACCAUUUCCAUGUCUUUGUCGGAGACCUCAGCCCAGAAAUUACAACGGAAGAUAUAAAAGCAGCUUUUGCGCCGUUUGGAAGAAUAUCUUUAAUUCUCACGAGAGCGCGGCGCACGCCAUCGUUUCCGUCAACGGAACGACUAUCGAAGGACACGUGGUGAAGUGCUACUGGGGCAAGGAGACGCCGGACAUGGUCAGCCCCGUCCAGCAGAACCAGAUCGGGUACCCGCCGGCGUACGGGCAGUGGGGCCAGUGGUACGGCAACGCCCAGAUCGGCCAGUAUGUGCCCAACGGCUGGCAGGUCCCCGCCUACGGCAUGUACGGCCAAGCGUGGAAUCAGCAGGG